AAGAUGUGAGAGAAGAUGUUUUAAUUUUUUCUUGUAAACUCUCUCCACAUGUAAAUCUUUUUAUCUGUUUAUAAAAUUUCACGCGUAACAAACAACCCCUAAUAGCAAAUCUGAUUAUUUUUGGUAUCCCUAAUAGGAAAUCCAGAUAUAGAAGACGAUAAUCCAAUGUCAAAGCCAUUCAAACAGUCCUUUUUCAAUAAACAGAUUUUAACAGAAGCAAAAUUUGGUUAAGGUUUUCAUUCGAAACUCGCAUUUGCCAUAAAUGGCUACAGAGGCAAUGAACAUGAUAAACCCAUGGUAACUGAAGUGUGGGUCACUAUGGAAAGCAUAUUCAGGCUCCCUUCUUGGCUGCUCUCACUCUCCACAACGAGACGAGCUUUCACUAAAAACCCUCAUCACAACACCAGUAAACUCCCACUCUGUAACCUUAGACACCCAUUUUUGAAGAGACCGCCCCUUGAUUUCACAGUUGGGAAAAUUCCAUUACUCUUGCAAAGCACUAGAGAGGCUUCUUCAUUGGUUUCAGCAGGUUGGUUUCAGGGAUUGACUCAGAAGAAGAUGGAUUUGCCUGAUAUUGUGAAGGCUGGUGAUCCAGUUCUUCAUGAACCAGCACUUGACAUUGCCUCAGAAGAAAUUGGGUCCGAGAAGAUACAGAAAAUAAUCGAAGACAUGAUUCAAGUUAUGAGAAAGGCCCCUGGUGUUGGGUUAGCAGCUCCCCAGAUAGGGAUUCCAUUAAAGAUAAUUGUGUUGGAAGAUACAGAGACCUAUAUUAACUAUGCUCCAAAGGAAGAAACCAACGCACAGCAACGGGAACCUUUUGAUCUUUUGGUCAUAAUUAACCCGAAGCUCACAAAGAAAGGCAACAAGUCUGCACUAUUCUUUGAAGGAUGUCUAAGGUUCAGUGUGGAUGGGUUUAGGGCAUUGGUGGAGCGAUACCUCGAGGUUGAAGUUAUAGGUCUUGGGCGCGAUGGGUGCCCCAUCAAGGUAAAUGCAAUUGGUUGGAAGGCACGGAUAUUGCAGCAUGAAUGUGACCACUUGGAUGGAACAAUUUAUGUUGACAAAAUGGUCCCUAGGACAUUUAGAACAGUUGAAAAUUUGGAUCUACCACUACCUUCAGGGUGCCCUAAGCUUGGUGUGCAGUAGAUCUUUAUUUCUUGAGCUUUUGAUUAUUUAAAAUGUACUAUAAUCCAGUUGGUUAUAUAUGAAUGCCAUGAGCUCAGAAAAAAAAUGGCCUUGAUUUCCUUUUGA